AUGGCCGCCCCCGACUUCUCCGACAUCAGCAAGCCCCUCGACGGCCGCAUCGGCGUUCCCAGAAUCGUUGCCAUGCCCCUCCCCGCCUACGGUGACUUGAGCAAGGCCGCCAACGACCGAGACCCAGCCAACCUUGAGGUCAAGCUCAAGGCUCCCAAUGGCGCCAACGUCACCGUCAAGGGCAAGCAGGCCUUCGACGGUGCCACCACUGCCUCUGUGCGUUGUUCUCGUCUGCGUGUAUCCAGCAAAGCCGCUAACAAAUCGCACAGCNUCGAGGGCAAAUACACUCUCAAGCCCCAGGGUAUGCACUUUUUGCGAAUGAGCCGCCUUUUCUUCCCGCUGCCCGUCUCUGCGCGCCAGUCGCUGUACCUCAUGAUUGUCAGCGCUCCUGUUGCCCAGCAGACUGGCACCCCUGACGAACCGCUCUCGCUCUCAUCACAACAUCAUGUCUAUCUUACUUACCGCUACAAACCAGGUAUCACCGUCACCCAGGGCUGGACCACCGCCGCCCUCCUCGACACCAAGGUUGAGUUCGCCAGCCUCAUGUCGCAGCCCGUCAAGGCCGAGUUCCAGAACCUCUUCAACCCCAACGCUCCCAGCAAGGCCGCCCAGAAGCUCAACUUGACCUUCAAGCAGCCCAACCUCCACGCCCGCGCUUUCCUCGACCACAGCGCUGCUGGCAACAUCAACGCCCUCAUUGACGCUACCGUCGGCCACGAGGGUUUCGUUGCCGGUGCCGAGGCUGGCUACGACGUCUCCAAGGCCGCCAUCACCCGCUACAGCGCUGGUCUCGGCUACCAGGCCCCUACCUUCACCGCCUCCCUGAUUGCCAUGCAGAACCUGAGCGUUCUUGCCGCUUCGUACUACCAGAAGGUCAACUCCAACGUUGAGGCUGGUGCUAAGGCCACCUACGACCUCCAGGGUGGUAAGAGCGUCGGUCUUGAGGUUGCUUCCAAGUACAAGCUCGACNCCCUCUCCUUCGCCAAGGUACGACUUUUCUGUCACAUCUCAAUCCCCAUAGCACUUACUGACGACAAUUUGCACUACAGGNCCAAGAUCAACGACCGUGGUAUCGCCGCCCUUGCCUACAACACCAAGCUCAACGCCGGCACCACCUUCGGUGUUGGUCUUUCGCUCGACACCAACAAGCUCAACGAGGCUGGCCACAAGAUCGGCACCAGCUUCGUCUUCGAGGGUUAA